GUGACUCAAAAUGGCAGGAAAAUGAAAUAAUUUUUCAAAACAUAACAAAAUAAAAUGUAACAACAAGAACCGUUGUCAUGGAUCCGGAUGAAUUGGCGAAUAUAUUUUAAUGCAUUGCCAUUUGUUUACUUCUGAAAGCAUACAGUGAAGAUAUUGCUGUUGCUAUUCGUUCUAUUUCAGCCGACAGAGGCUAGGGACGGUGUCGGCGUCGAUAGUUCGUUUUCUGGAACACCGGUAAUCUGCAAUGUCACGUGGAUGUAUAAAUGGUGUAAGAACUAGGACUGUGAAUAUAUCAACGUGUGAUAACGGAUAUAGUCACCAUUUAAACACUGAAACAUUAACACAAAGCUACCCUAUUGCUCUUCAAAGUGCCUUAUUUUAUCAAAAUGGAAACGAGAUCUAGAAAUUUGGACAAAAACAAAGACAUUCCAAGCAGACGAAAAGACAUGGAAGAUUCAAGUUUUGUUAAUUCUGCCAAGGACAAGGGACCAGAUGUUGCCGAUGACAAUAUGCAUGAGAAACAUAUGAUUGAAAUUGCUGGUAGAAAAUUUCACAAAGUUAUUUUAGUGACACACUUUAAUGUUUUUUUGUAUGCAACAUGUUUCUGGAUACAGCAGGGUGUUGUGCCAUAUUUAUCAGUGAAACUUGGCGUAGAUCAAGUAACAUUCGGUUAUUUACAAACAGUUUUUGCCGUGGUGCAGCUGGCAGGGGGACCGUUAUUUGGAAGAUUUGGUGAUUUGUAUGGUAGUCGAGCAGCCAUGAGUCUUGCGUUCAUAGCCUGUGCAUUGAACUAUUUAUUACUAGGAUUUGCUACUAGCAUUCCGCUAUUGUUUAUAUCAAGAUUACCGUCCUUAUUCAUGCACUGUAUGCAAGGUGGUCAGAUGAUAGUCACUGAUUUAGGUGAUUCCCAUCAAAGAGCUGAUGCUAUGGGUAAACUUGGUCUAUCAUAUGGUGUUGGUAUGGUAGUAGGACCAUUAAUAGGAGGAAUUAUUAUCAAAACAUUCAGUGAAGAGUCUGCAGCUUUUGUUGCCUGUGCUGGUUCAUUAGCUAGUUUAGUGAUGGUACAAACAUUGAUACCAGCUCAUACAAAAAAACAACAUAUACGACAAAGUACAGAUACAGCACAAGCCAGUGAUGUAUUUAGUUUAAAGAAAUUUAUACAUUUGAUAUUCAUGCCGGGUGCUUUGUUUUUACUGUUGGUUAGAAUGGGAACAGGUUUACCAAUAGGAAUAUUUCAGAGUAUGUUUAGUCGAGUUGCAUUAGAUGAAUUUCAUUUAGCUGCCGAUCAGAAUGGUUAUUUAAUGUCAUAUAUUGGCGUCAUGUCAAUGAUUGUACAAGGUGUAGGGGUUGGUAUUUUAACAAAGAAAUUUAGUGAAAAUUCCAUAUUGAAAGCAUCAACUAUGAUUUUAGUCUUUUCCUAUUCUUUACUGUCUUUUGUAAGUAAUGUAUGGCAGCUAUGUUUAGUUUGUUUACCACUAGUUAUUGGUUUAACUACACAGAAUGUUGUUAUAACCAGUGCUCUAACUAGAACAGUCAGUGAGGCUGAUACAGGUGCUAUGAUUGGUUUAAAUAUGGCUGUCAAUUCGUUAGUACGAACCGUCUCACCAACUAUAGGAGGAUACAUGUUUGCAGCAUACGGUUUUCCAUCAUUCGGUUAUUUUGGCUCAGUAGUGUGUUUUAUUGUUACGUUGGUUCUAUUUUGGAAGAUCUAAUAUUUCUAUCAGCAAUUCGUUAAAUUGUCCUACAGGUAAUACAUGGGACACAAUUCUAUGGAAUACAACUGUUUAUUACUGAGCGAUGGUUUCAAUAAGGCUUCUCUCAUCUUGAUCAGGCAACGAUCAGAUGUGAUGGGACAUUAUUAAUAAUUACAAGUCUUUAUUUAAUGAGAAGGCCUUAUCUUUGAGUAAUUCUAGUAUUUCUAUCAGAAAAUUGUUAAAUUGUUGGAAUGGCUGGAAGUGCAUAAGAAAUAUUCAGCAAGUUGUUAAUGGUAAAUCUUUGAUUAAUGGGAUGGCCUUAAUCUGAUUAAAAUACAGAUCUAUAUUUCGUUUUGUUUUUUUAUAUUUUUGAUGACCUACACAACAUGAAGAUCUGACCGGUUGUAGUGGAAGGUCGCGUCAGGGGUGGCACAAGCGACUUUUUACUCUAUGGUGUCAGACAUUGAUUAAUCAAUCAGCGUUCAUGUUUCUGGUGGUUUACCCACAGUUCCAUGCAUGGAAUGCUAAGAAGUCGCCGUAACAGAUAGUUUUAUUGUCUGAUACCUCACACCAUCCAGAACGCAUGUUAUAUAACAACUCUUCCAGAUCCCUGUGUAGUACAGACAAAUAAAGUGAAAUUUUAAACUAUAAAAAACGAAACGAAAUAGGUUCUGAGUUUUAACCAGAUUGGGAAAGCCUUAUCUUUUAGAAGAUCUAGUAUUUCUAUCGGCAAAUGGUUAAUGUUAUAUCUUUGUUAAAUGGGAAGGCCUUUUUGUUUGGUAAAUCUAGUAUUUCUAUCAACAAAUCGUUAAUGUUAAGUCUUUGUCUAAAGGGAAGGCCGUAUCUUUUGGUAAAUCGAGUAUUUCUAUCAGCCAAUUGUUAAUGUUAUAUCUUUGUUUAAAGGGAAGGUCGUAUCUUUUGGUAAAUCUAGUAUUUCUAUCAGCAAAUCGUUAAUGUUAAAACUUUGUUAAAUGGGAAAGCCUUAUCUUAGUAAUUAGAACAUUUUGAAGGAGAAUAUAAAUGUUGAAAAGGUGAUUAGUUAGGCCAUAUAAAAAAUAUACUGGUUCCGAGAUACUCUGUAUCUUAUUCGGUAUAGUAACAGUGUGUAACAAUUAGAGAAUAUAUCUUGAGAUAUAUUGGAUAUAUCUGUUAUCAGGUAUAAUAUGUGACCAGCUCUGGCUAAAGGAUAUACAUGUCACACGGCAUUGAAUUUCAAUUCAUUUAUAGAAGUGUUAUGGGACGAAAAUUCUGAAUUUAAGAUUUCUGUGAAAAUACAUCACAUAAUGUCUCUAGGUUCAUGUCCCAAAAUCAUAAGUAGGUAAAAAGUAGCAAUUAAUCAGCCGUAUGCAUCAACACACUGCUUUUUUAGGUGUUUUUGCGGUACCAUAUCGAACGAACCACCAGGACUUUCACAACAAACCUUCAGAAUUAAAAGUAGAAUUGUAAUAUAUCAAUAACUCAGUGUUCAUUUUUUGAUCCAUGAGGAUCCUUUAAUCAGAGCUGGACACAUAUAAUAUGCAACUGACCAGGGGCGUAUCCAGGAAUUUGAGGAGAGUGGGUCCGAGAUUACCCGAUAAUUUGAUAAAAUCAGAAGCUCUGAGACAAUAUUUCUGCUCAUUUAGGUUGAUAGGAUUACAGUGGAGAGAGACCAAAAUGUUGGCAUUAUAUGCACCUCUCACCUGAGCUAAAGUAAGGUGUAAUAUAUGCACCUCUCACCUGAGCUAAAGUAAGGUGUAAUAUAUGCACCUCUCACCUGAGCUAAAGUAAGGUGUAAUAUAUGCACCUCUCACCUGAGCUAAAGUAAGGUGUAAUAUUUAUUACACCUCUCACCUGAGCUAAAGUAAGGUGUAAUAUAUGCACCUCUCACCUGAGCUAAAGUAAGGUGUAAUAUAUGCACUUCUCACCUGAGCUAAAGUAAGGUGUAAUAUAUGCACCUCUCACCUGAGCUAAAAUAUCUGUUAUAAGGUGUAAUAUAUGCACCUUUCACCUGAGCUAAAGUAAGGUGUAAUAUAUGCACCUCUCACCUGAGCUAAAAUAUCUGUUAUAAGGUGUAACAUAUGCACCGCUCACCUGAGCUAAAAUAUCUGUCAUAAGGUGUAAUAUAUGCACUUCUUACCUGAGCUAAAGUAAGGUGUAAUAUAUAUACCUAUCACCUGAGCUAAAAUAUCUGUUAUAAGGUGUAACAUAUGCACCUCUUACCUGAGCUAAAAUAUCUGUUAUAUAGGGUGCAAUAUAUGCACCUCUCACCUGAGCUAAAAUAUCAGUUUAUAGGUGUAAUUUUUUACCCUCUCACCCGAGCUAAAUGUCUGUUAAUUUGAAUGUAAAACUAUAUUUAUUCAUUGAAGUUUUUAUUUUAUUAUUAACAAUAAAUUUUGUUGUAUUUUUUUUAUAACUUUAUGUAUAUGCAUUUAUUUAAUCUAGAUUAAAAUAAAUUUAACUUUAA